AUCCCUGAUGAUCUCUUCAAUUGUUCAAGUCUUGUGAUCUUAGAUAUGGCACAUAACAAUUUCACUGGGUUGUUAAAAUCAGGUAUUGGAAGACUUUCUAAUCUCCAAAUUCUGCAAAUUCAUGGCAAUUCCUUUUCCGGCCCCCUCCCAGGAGAACUCGGAAAUCUUACUAGUUUGAUGUUGUUAAACUUGGGACAAAACCAAUUUUCGGGUACGAUCCCUGUAGAAUUCUCAAACAUUUCUUCCCUUCAAAGCCUUUUGAUUGGUAACAAUAAUCUUGAAGGAGAGAUUCCAGAUGAAAUAUUUGAGCUCAAACAACUUACGGAACUGUACUUGAUGAACAACAAAUUCGUGGGUUCUAUUCUGAAUUCUCUUUCAAGGCUAGAGCAACUUUCUCGGUUGGAUCUAAGUGGAAACAGGUUUAACGGAUCAAUCCCUGAUAGUUUGAGAAAACUUAACAAGUUGAUUUCGAUAGACCUCUCACACAACUUGCUCAUGGGGUCGAUUUCAGGGUCAGUGAUUGCAGGUAUGAAAAAUACACCGAUCUUUCUCAACUUCUCCAACAAUUUUCUUACAGGAAGCAUCUCGAAUGAAUUUGGCGAGCUGGAGAUGGUAGAAUCCAUUGACAUCUCGAACAAUAAUCUUUCAGGAGGAAUUCCAGUGACACUUCAAAAAUGCAAAAACUUGAGGAAUCUUGAUGUGUCUGGAAAUCAGCUCUCUGGUAGUGUUCCAGAAGAAAUAUUCCCUCCCCUCGAUCUGCUUUCCAGCAUAAACUUUUCAAGAAAUCAGUUUGAUGGAGAGAUCCCUGGAACUAUGGCGAAUUUGACCCGUCUUACCUCCAUUGAUCUUUCUCACAACAAAUUCAAGGGUUUGAUUCCUGAAAGUUUUGGCAACAUUUCAGUUUUGAAACACCUUGACCUUUCUUUCAAUCAAUUAGAAGGACGUGUUCCAGAUACUGGUAUUUUCAGAAACAUAACUGCAGUUGGAUUACAGGGAAACCCAUCUCUGUGCAUUACAAACAACACCCAAUUAUGUGCCUCAUCAAGUCGAUCAAAGCGCUCACUAUCCAGAAAGGCUGUAUUGAUUCUUUCAAUACUCGGAUCACUUGCAUUGCUUCUUGUAUUCAUUUUGGCAGUAUUAUGUUGUCGGCAUGUUAGAAAACCGAAAGUCAAAGAACCUGAGAACCCAGAAUUACCAGAACACACCGCAGGGUUCACUCUCAAGAGAUUUGAUAGAAAAGAAGUGGAAGAUGCUACUGACAACUUCAGUGAAGGUAACAUUCUGGGUACAACUAGUUUAAGCACUGUGUACAAGGGUAGACUAGAAGAUGGGAGGAUGAUAGCUGUAAAGAUUUUGAACAUAAACCAGUUUUCAGCUGAAUCUGACAAGAGCUUUAACAAAGAAAUGAACACCCUUGGGAAACUGAGGCACAGAAAUCUAGUGAAGGUACUUGGUUAUGCAUGGGAGAGUGGGAAGCUAAAGGCUCUGGUUCUUGAAUACAUGGAAAACGGUGAUUUGGAUAGGAUUAUACACGACUCUGCGAUUGAUAGAUCAAGAUGGGAUUUGUCUGAAAGAGUAGACGUUUUGGUUUCUGUAGCUAGAGGAUUGAUGUACUUACACUCGGGAUAUGAUUUCCCCAUAGUUCACUGUGAUUUGAAGCCUUCUAACAUACUUCUGGAUGAAAAGUGGGAUGCUCAUGUGAGUGAUUUUGGCACAGCUAGGAUUCUUGGAGUUCAUCAGCAGGAUGGAGGCAACAUCUCUUCUGCAUCCACAUUUCAAGGCACGAUUGGCUACUUGGCCCCAGAGUUUGCGUAUAUGAAGAAACUAACAACAAAAGUGGACGUAUUUAGCUUUGGAAUAAUAAUGAUGGAAUUUAUCACAAGAAAGAGACCGACAGGUGUUCUUACCGAAGAGGAGGGAAUCCAGAUCACUUUGCCACAACUAAUAGACCAAGCACUUUCAAAUGGAUUAAAUGAGCUGAUUGAAAUUGUAGACCCUCAUUUGGCUUCUAAUUUCUCCACGAAGCAGGGCUUCAUAGAACAACUGCUUAACUUGGCCUUAUGUUGCACCAAAAUGAAUCCAGAGGAUCGACCUGACAUGAAUGAAGUCUUAUCUUCCCUUACAAAGAUCAGUUAA